UCUGGUCACUGUAUAUCAUGCUUUGGUCUGGACAGGUGAUAUAGGGUCAGUUAAUAACUACUUCCGUAUGUACUACCGGUUACAGGUGUAAACAAAGUGCAACAAGGAUUCGCAAGUUUGAAAGUAACCCGGGUGUGUUCCUAAGUGAAAGUGAAACCAGUGCAGCGGCGAGUUGGAAUAAUAUUGGUUUAUGGAGUUUAGCGUGUUUUCCCAUUUCUGACGUGGUAUAAUCCUCUACCGUUUAAUCCCAAGAACUUAGCACUGACAUGUACUGGGCUGCGUGGACAUUCCCUGGAUAGCUCCCAAAGCCAUAGUGACCUGCCUUUCACAUCAUUGAUCGGAAACCCCGGAAGUAUCCAUCAAACGGAGCACUAUUUUUCUUCCAAUUUGGAUUUACUUCAAUAAGACACGAGAAUCUGUGUUCCUCAAGAUUCAAGAUUCAAGAUUCAAUUCAAGGCUGACGUCUAUGUGUAGUGACCAGUGGACUCCUUAACGAAAAAUACCCUGACCGGAAGUGAUAUGUGGCGCCCCAGGUCACUCUCACCAUUGCCCUUUGAUGACCCCUGGAACGAUAGACCACGUGACCCGUAUUUCCCCCACGGUAUGAACCACCAGCCUCCGGACCAUGACACUUAUGAUCAGAGGUAUCAGGGUCACCUUUUACACUACAAGAGAUCAAAUGAGCCACUGGAUGUACAGAAUCGCUACUCAAAAUGGGACAGAUAUGAUUACAAUCACGUCAGAGAAUUUCAGAGAAGUGACUCGAGGCAGACUGGUGACUUCCGACAGCAAAGUAACGCAGAUUAUCGUAGUCAGCGAUGGGAUGAUGUCGACAGAGAUGGAAGGUCGUUUUACCGUAGGUCAGAAUGUGAACUGAAUGAAGCUAGAGGCUAUAAUAAAUAUAAGCCAUUUCGAGGAAGAGGUUGUUAUCGUGGUGAAGAUAGAGAUCAGCGAGAUAGAAGUCGAGGCCAUAAUUGGAACAAAAUGCAAGCAAAACGUCCAUCUGACAUCGAAAUUGAACGACAUGAAAAGAAGCGUCGCUUGAUGGAGGGAUGCUCUUUUCAAGAUGGCAGGAAUAGAAACAUUGAGGAGAAUCUUCCAUCCAAUGACGCUGUUAUUUCUGUAAUUUCCAAUUUUUUGGAAAAGCGAGAUAGGUCACACGAAGGCAAGCAUCGUUCCUCCUCAAGAGAAAGGUUUGCCGACGACUCCAGACGCAGUUCAUCAAGGGAAGGAUCACAAAAUCGGUCAUCAAAGGACAGAAAAAUUGUUAAAUCAAGCAAAUCAGAUUCUGACAAAAGUCACUCAAGUCAUUCCUCAAAAGACUCGAGAAAAAGACAUGAUUCUAAAGCUCAUUCUUCAACAGAAAGACAAGUUACUGAAAGUGACACAUCAAUAUCCACAGAUAAAAUCGUGGAGCAUGCAAAACUGAAUUCUGCAAUUGAACUGCCCAAACAAAAAUUGGAGGAAGAAAAGAAAAAAGAAAAGGCACUUUGUAAAAAUGUUACAAUGCCUGCUAAUUCAACUAUGUGUACCUCUGUUUCGAAAUCAGUUUCUGUUGACAAAGUUUCCAUUUCAAAUACCAAAUCAUUUUCCAAAGGAUCUCAGGACAAAUCUAAUCUGAAGUCAGCAUUUAAACAUAGAAACGUUGUUCACAUCAAACCUAAGAUACCAUUGCAUACAGUUGUCAGUGAGAGCAGUUGUGUUUCGUCUGUGAACAAAUUGGCUGACCCUGCUCUAAAAAGUGUGUCUGCCUCUAGUGCGUCGUCUUCUUCAAAUUCGGUACCAAAAAAGGUUCUUCCAAAAAUUCCAAAAAUCCAAAGCAAUUCAGGAGGUUCGAAGAAUGCGACUAUAAAUGAAACCAAGAAAUUGUCGACAAAACACCAUAGACAUUCAUUAGGAGGUGUUCCCCUCCAACCUUCCAAGCCGUCGAUAAGCUCGGGGAGUAGUGUAGAUGGAAAACAGCUUAAUAAAAAGAAACAUCGACAUUCAUCUGGCCAUGUAUCACAGUGUUCUCCAAAGAAGAACACGGUGGUCACUUCAAAAACUGUACCAGAGGUGACAAAUAUUGAAAUGGACCAUGAUGCAUCAUCUGAAAGAGAUGAACCAUUGCCACACUUGGUUCACAGAAAGAGGCAUAGCCGAAUAUCAGGCUCAAAAUCACCUCCACAGAGUAAUGUUACAGAGCAAACGGUAGGAGCGAGUGGUUUGUUUCAUGUUGAAGAGAAAGGGUUGUGUGAGAAAGAGGAUGUUAAAAAGGCGUCGAAGACUACUUGUGAGGAAAGUCAUCGACUUGAUAAAACAACCCAUGGGAAGGAAAAUAUUGUUACAUCGAAUGUCAGUAAAAACCUGUCAAAACCUGUUGCUAAGGAUCAUGACAAACAUAGGUCAAGGGUCAAAUCUCUAAACAAAAAGACAGUUUCAAAUUCAAAGGAACAGGAAAAACAUAAUACAUCGGUGAAACCUGCAGAUAAGGAAAAGGUGCUUGAUGCUGCAAAGAAGGGGUCAAAUCUCGAAAAACACUGCAAGUCUGUUGAAGCUCUGGAAGGAAAGAAAUCCAAAUUGACAGGGUCCCUUCAGAAGGGAGGAACUGGGAAGGAUUUUUCUUCAAAUAAAUCUCAUCAUAAAAACCCUGGUGAUUUAAAUAUGGAUCCUGUUGUGUCUUUGAAGAAACUUCCAAACAAAACAGCACUGAAAGUUCCUGAAAAAACUAAAACUGUUGAAAGCAUUCCAAUUGAAAAUGCAGUAGUCGAAAGUUCGGCAUCUGUCACUCAUUGUGCUGAUAGGGAUGCAGUGUCAAAUUGUGAAAGAAUGAGCCUGUUUGAUCUCUUUAAAGACAGUUCAGAGGAUCAACCACGGCACAAGCAUUCUAAGCUCUCUCUUAAAAGGACUCCUGACAAACUUCGUAAAGGAAAACCUACAUCCUCAACCAAAUCAAACGUGGAGCAAACAAAAUCACAUCACAACAAGAGAAAAAUAGAAGACAAACUAAAUGGAAACUUCGGCAAAAAAGCUAAAUUACCUCAUGAUGAAGAGGUUUCAUCAACUGAAUUGGGAAAUGCGUGUUCUGAAGCUCUUUUGAACGUCUGUGAAUCAUCUGUAGAAUCUGACAAGCCAAAAACAAUUUGUGAUACAACUAAUUCAGAAGCAGAAAAGUUAGUGUCAACUUCCGUUUCAAACCACUCAACAUUGGAAACUGACAUCUCAUCAUCUGGAGUGUCGGAAAAAGACAUGCACAACGAAAGUGAACUGUCUGUCAAUUCAUCCGGGCGACACAUGGACGAAUCGGGCUCGGGAUGCACCUCAUUUUCUUUGUCUUCAUGCAUGUCUUCUCCGUCUUUCAAUAAAAGUGACACUAUGCUCAGUGACAAUUGCAGUGAAAUGGAAACAACAUGCAACACACCAGAACUAGUAAGUGGACAAUUGAAUGGUGAGAUCGGACAAUCACUCAAAACGAAGAAUUCUGAAUGUGAUUCUUCCAAAGGAAUGCCUCCUUUAGAUUUGUAUGACAGCGAUGAUGAUGAAGAAGGUGGUAGACUUGUCAUUGACUUUAAUCCAUGUUCUGUUACUUCGUUAGCUGGUACAGGAACUGAGAAGAAUUUGACACAAAAACGAGGAGAAAAUCAGGAGGUCAGAGAUAGCAUUCGUGUCACUGGAGGGCUGGAAACACCUGAAUGUUUUCAACCUGUGGAGGAUAUAGAGAUUCCUUCAGAGAUGAGGGAAUCUUGUCUGGACAGAACCAAUCAAAUGGAUGAGACAAUACCCUACAACCUUGACGACACACAGAACAGCUCUGUAGACCAACAUCAAGCCACUGCAUUACCUUCAUCGGAAACAUCCACACCAGACCUACUUCUGAAGUCAAGUUCAAAGACCCCUCCGAUUGAGGAGAUGGUACCUUACAGCUUGGUUACCUCAGAGGACAGCUCCCUAGACCAGCCUCUUGUGUCAUGUAGGAACGCCUCAGAGGUGAAGGAGGAAAUGCUCUAUGGCCAGGAUGCUAAAAAAGAAGGCUCCGAAGAUCAAAAACAAACUGAUACUAUAACCCAGUCGGAUACAACCCGACAAGAUCUGCAUCUAGUGUCAAGUGAGCAAACCACUCAUAUGAACGUGACAGUACCAAGCAGCCUGGAUACCACAGAAGGACAUUCUGUAAACCAGAUUCAUUCCGACACUUUACCCAAAUCGGAUAUAACCCCAAAAGGUCUUCCUGUGAAUGAUGAUCCUGAAGCUAUAGACACCAACGAAAGCCAACAGAUGAACAAUGACAAACACACCUUUAAAUUCCCAAGAACAAAUCAACAGAAGCCAAAUCAGAAGCAUUCAGAUGGAAACAUAACGCCAACUGACGACUUUGUAUCUAGCCAAGAUGAAAUGAUGGAUGUUUCCCUGAGUGAUUUUGAUGAUAAAGAUGAUAUUCGGCUGAUCAUGUACAAUGGAGGAGAUAUUGAGAGUCCAUGGACACCAAUGCCAGCCACGCCCUACAUAAGCUACUCCCAGGAGGACGAUACACAGGAGGAGGAAAGUCUCCCAGAGGAGGACAGGGUUAGUUCUUCCGUCAGUGAGGGAUUGGAGAUAAUCCCAGAUCAAGAAAAGACAUUAAUUUUGGACCAAGAAAAGGAUAUGAGUAAAGAUCAAGAGAGUGACAGUAGUUCUCAUGUUGUACAACUGGAACAGAAGCCAAAUAUACUUGCUGCUCUUUCUGAUGGGAGGCGAAGUUCUUCUGAUUUAAAUGGCCAGAUUCAAACAGAAAACAUUGUGUACAAUAUUUCUUCAUCGAAUGAACUUAAAGCACAGCUGUCUGAGAAAAACUCCAGUCUCGUGAUACCAGAAGUUCCUGUAACCAUUAAAGUAGAACCUGUGGAAGAUUCCUGUGUUAUGGAUGCUACGAAGCUUACUCCAAAAUCUCACACAGAACAGAUACGUCAAGCAGGCAUGACUCGGUCUUCAUCUGUGGAUCAGCUGAUGGCACAAAGCCGUGAACUGUCAAAGCCAUCCAUUUUACGAUCCCAAUCUGUAGGAGGGGAAAGUAACGUAAGCUUAUCAGCAUCACAUCGGAGACCAAGUAUUUCAGAGAAUCCUUCACCCUCUGAUGCUGCCUUGACAACACCAGCACCCUCUGAUGCUGCCUUGACAACACCAGCACCCUCUGAUGUUGCCUUGACAACAACAGCAACUGAAACCGCAACAUCAGCUUCAGAAAGUGGUACAAUAACAGCCAAUGUUGAUUCAUAUAGUGCUGCUGAAAUCAACAGUAUAUUGAAUUUAGGAACAUUGACUCCAGAACAGCAUGAUUUCUUGACACAAGUGACUAAAUUUUUAGAGCAGCUUAGUGUAUUGGGCUGUAGUUCAAUGAAGGUUCCACUCAAACAUGAUAAGAUCUCUACAGAUAACAAAAAGUUCACCAGCUUCGGGUAUUUCUCGUUCAAACAUCUGACGGACAAAAGCAUGAUACGUUGCAUCGAGUGCAAGGAGUGCUCAGAUAUUCUGUCACCACGAGAGUUCAUUGUGCAUCUGUGCGGAAGCGUGCGCCACAUGCAGUUUGAAAUGGACAAGCUAUUACGCACCACCUUCGAAUUCUGUAUCAGCCAUGUUGACAGCUCUGUCUCCGAUAAGUGUGCCAGAGCACUUCUCAUCAUGAUCUUCAAACUGGAAAGAAGUAUAUACAGGUCCUGUCAGGAGAGUUGUCAAACAGCUUUAUCUCCAACUGCUGAGACAAGUAUGCCCGUUAGUCCUCUGACUGCUCCAUCAUCAACAAAAAACCUGUCUGCUCCGGAAACUCCCUCAUCUCCUAUGACCGUGGAAAAAGAGCAACCAUCGUUUGGUGGUGCUUCAUCUCUUGUGAACUUCUUGACACCAGAUCCUCCUCCAACUACGACCCAGUCUACUUCUUCAGCGCCGUCAACACCACAGGGAAACAGCCUUCCAACGAUACACGCGAUAGAUGAAACCAUAUCAGCAUCUCUAGCACUGGGAGAGUACCUAUCAAAUAUUCAGGGAGUUGGAGGAACUCAACCGAGAAAGGGAAUAGAUGGGGCUGUAGUAACAACUGCCUUGUCACAGGGUACAGGACAGCAUUCAUCGACCACACAAGUUAGUGGACAACCUUUGCCGCACGAUGGACCGAAAUCUGUUGCUCCAUCAUCAGUCGGUAUUGGACAACCCCUUACAGCACCUACAAAUAGCUACCGCUCUCCAGAAAUGGAACAAAUGUUGCAAUGUAUGCACCAGUCUUCAUCUCUGAAAAGAAAUUCACGGCAGUCAUUCACAAAUGUUGACAACUUGCUUCCAGGAUCAACUCUCCCUCGAGCUCGCAGACUUUCAAAAAACGGGAUGGAAGAUCAAAGGUCACAGUACGGCCAGAGUAGAGUUGAGAAUCCUGAAACUUUUAGUCAAGUUUCAUUUCCCGAAUCCAGAGUGUACAAACCAUCUGCAGAUCAGACGUACCAGGGAUCUGGUGCAAGGGACCGGACGAGACGGGGACACCAGUUGGAAGCCCUAAUACUCCCGGAGACUGGCAUCCCAUCACAGUCCUGGCCAGGCAGCAAUGUGAUGCCUUCCACAUGUUCUCGAACAUCUUUUUAUCAAGGAGGACAACUUUCUUCUAUGUCCAGUGUUCAUAGCAGAACACUGGAAAACGUAAACCCAGAAAAUCUACAUGCAUCAAACCCUUUCCAAACCGGUUCUUAUUCUGCUGGGCAAAUGCCCAACCAUAGCAGUGGUCGGUACCAGGCCAACAACACAAGUGCUAGGUUGACCACAGGCGAACCGCAGGGUAUCUCCAGACAUGCUGGUUAUAUGAGACCUCAGCUGAAUAAUGGACCCAAUACAAGUACAAUACCAUUUGGACCUAGUGGUAAUUUUGGAUCCUUUAACAGAAUGGGUGCACAGACUUCUAUACCAUUCCAGGGUAGUGUUAAUAACAUGGGUUCACAUGGUAUUCUAGGACCACAGUGUAAUAAUACCACAGCUUUGCCUGGUAAUUUUUCACAUACAGGUACGACGGGGCAGUUUAGAAAUGCUGUAGGUCCACAUGGUAUUGUAGGCCCUCAAAAUACUUUACCUCCGAACAUGCUAGGACCACAGUGUAGCAAUAUCUCAGGACCACAAAGUACUUUAGGUCCAAACAGUUCUUUACCGCAGAGUAUGUUAGGUCCACAGCCGAGUAAUACCAUAGGACCGCAAAGUACAUUAGACCCUCAUUGCACUUCUUCAACCACGCAGAGGACAUCGGGUGUAAACAGUGCCUCUGGACCACAACAACCAUCUUCUGGUGCCCAGUCUAAUGAAGCCAUCAACAGUUCUGAAAACCAUGACAGAUUCUCCCCCAGUGUGCAAGACAGGUUUUGGGUUUCACUCGGUGAUAAGAUACAAAGUGAAGCAGAUGCCCAUCAGAUGUUCGUUAUGGGCCAGAUGAUGCAGAGGAAGGCUGUGGAAUGGUUCCGUGACACACUUCAACAAACUAGAGUUACCAUGGAGAAAAUGGACAAAGAGCAUAAAGAGGAGAUACGAAAAAGGAAAGAAAGUGAAGAGCAAGUCAAAAACAGAUUCAUCAUGUUCAAAUCUCUUGUUGAAACCUAUACCAAGAAACCAUCAUGACAUCAGCAGAAUUAGAUCAGUUUAAAUGGUAUUGAUUUCAAAAUCAAGUGACGUGCAAACAGACACGAGAGCUGAUUUUUGGGAGAGAUUUAAGGAGCAGACGGUCAUCAGGCAUAGUGUGGAUACAACCAAGAACAACAUUUACCUGUUGUUGUGCAGAAAAUCUGAAGACAGAUUUCACCUGUCAGGCUGGUGUUUUGUGGACAGAUCUGAGGACAGAUAUUUACCAGGUAUUGUGUGAGGACAAUUGAGCAUAGAAUUUUACCCGAUGGUGUGUUUAGGCAUCUGUGGACAAAUGAUUACCUGGUGUUGUGGAGACAUCUAAGGGUAGAUUUACCUGGUGUCUUGUAGACGUGUGAGGACAGAUGUUUACCUGGUGUCCUGUGGAGUCAUCCGAGGACAGAUAUUUACCUGGUGUAAUGUGGAGACAUCUGAGGACAUAUUUAUCUGGUGUCCUGUGGAGACAUCCGCGGACAGAUAUUUACCUGGUGACCUGUGGAGACAUCCGCGGACAGAUGUUUACCUGGUGACCUGUGGAGACAUCCGAGGACAGAUAUUGACCUGGUGUCCGGUGGAGACAUCUGAGGACAUAUUUAUCUGGUGUCCUUUGGAGACAUCUGAGGACAGAUAUUUACCUGGUGUAAUGUGGAGACAUCUGAGGACAGAUAUUUACCUGGUGUAAUGUGGAGACAUGUGAGGACAGAUGUUUAUCUGGUGUCCUGUGGAGACAUCCGAGGACAUAUAUUUACCUGGUGUCCUGUGGAGACAUCCGAGGACUGAUGUUUACCUGGUGUCCUGUGGAGACAUGUGAGGACAGAUGUUUAUCUGGUGUAAUGUGGAGACAUCUGAGGACAGAUAUUCACCUGGUGGCCUGUGGAGACAUGUGAGGACAUGUUUACCUGGUGUCCUGUGGAGACAUGUGAGGACAGAUGUUUACCUGGUUUCCUGUGGAGACAUGUGAGGACAGAUGUUUACCUGGUUUCCUGUGGAGACAUGUGAAGACAGAUGUUUAUCUGGUGGCCUGUGGAGACAUCCGAGGACAGAUAUUUACCUGGUGGCCUGUGGAGACAUCCGAGGACAGAUAUUUACCUGGUGUCCUGUGGAGCCAUCCGAGGACAGAUAUUUACCUUGUGUCCUGUGUAGACAUGUAAGGACAGAUAUUUACCUGGUGGCCUGUGGAGACAUCCAAGGACAGAUAUUUACCUUGUGUCCUGUGUAGACAUGUAAGGACAGAUAUUUACCUGGUGGCCUGUGGAGCCAUCCGAGGACAGAUAUUUACCUUGUGUCCUGUGUAGACAUGUAAGGACAGAUAUUUACCUGGUGGCCUGUGGAGACAUCCAAGGACAGAUAUUUACCUUGUGUCCUGUGUAGACAUGUAAGGACAGAUAUUUACCUGGUGGCCUGUGGAGCCAUCCGAGGACAGAUAUUUACCUUGUGUCCUGUGUAGACAUGUAAGGACAGAUAUUUACCUGGUGGCCUGUGGAGACAUCCAAGGACAGAUAUUUACCUUGUGUCCUGUGUAGACAUGUAAGGACAGAUAUUUACCUGGUGGCCUGUGGAGCCAUCCGAGGACAGAUAUUUACCUUGUGUCCUGUGUAGACAUGUAAGGACAGAUAUUUACCUGGUGGCCUGUGGAGACAUCCAAGGACAGAUAUUUACCUUGUGUCCUGUGUAGACAUGUAAGGACAGAUAUUUACCUGGUGGCCUGUGGAGCCAUCCGAGGACAGAUAUUUACCUUGUGUCCUGUGUAGACAUGUAAGGACAGAUAUUUACCUGGUGGCCUGUGGAGACAUCCAAGGACAAGUCAAUCUGGUGUUAUUCAGAGAUUUGAAGAAAAGUUGAUUGGUCAGCUAUUGUUUGGAGACAAUGGAGCAUAGAUGUUUACCAGAGUAUGUGUAAAGACACCUGAUGGCAUCUAUAACUGGUGAUGUGUGUGUAGUUAUAUCUGAGGACUGUCAUUCAUCGGGUGUUGUGAGGAAGAGUAGAAGUGAUAUUUUUGAUCUCAAAAUAUCAAUAUCAGCAGUGCUAAAAAAUUGUCAAAUGUAGAUAUAGACUAUUGACAAUAGAGGAAUCUUGUCACGAUUUCUUAGGGCCAUGCUAUAGUCUCACCUUUGAAAUAUGCCGACAUAUGCUGUGACGCCAUAGAUUUUACUUGUCAGACUGGUUACUACAUGUAUAUAUGGUAAAUACAGUGUAGAUACUCAAAAACUUUGUGCCAAAAGGUUUGUAAGUACUUAUUUACAGUGAUAAGUGUAACAAAAGGUUUGUAAGUACUUAUUUACAGUGAUAAGUGUAACAAAAUGUUUCAUUGAAUGCAGUAUGUCCUACUUAUUGUGGUUAUUCAGUUUCUAAGAUUGUGAACUAAACAUUGAACCAUUUAAUACACUCGCGAGUUGUCCCCAUGAAAAACAGAGACAUAGAAAUUUACAUAUCACAUUACAUCUACAUGUGAGGAAAACUGACGUUUUGACUAGAUUUUGUUAUUCAAUAACUAUCAGUUCGUUGAAUUAUUUUCCUGGGGCAACUUGUCAAAAGUAUAACAAAAUAAUUGAAGAAUUUUAAAUUAGGUUUAUGGAUGUUUUGUUCAACAUUUCAGAAAUCAAGAAACCAAAUUAAUAUGGACAGACUAGUAUGAUCUAUCACCAUCAUUGCUCAGUGUGAUUGCAAUUGUGCAAGACAUCAAAAAGUUUAGUCCCAAAGUUUACUUCUUACUGUUAUAUACUAAAAACACACUUGUGUUUCUUGUCAUCCUACCUUUACCCUUAAUGUUGGGGCUUACCAUGCAACUUGAUUUUACACAAGCUGUAAGCACUGAUCAAUAAGUCAGGAUAUCAGAUGUAAAAAUUGCUGUUUUGGGUUAUUUUUUCCCCCCAGAUAUUCAAAUGAUUGGAAACACAAUUGCAAGUAUAUUUUGUUUGGAUUCGUGUUCAUAUAUCAAUUCAAGAGGAAGACUAAUAAUAUUAGUUCAGAUUUUGCAAUACUGUUCUUAAAGGUUGUAUUAAUAAAACUAUUAACUGUUCUUUUAAUACUUUAAACAGUUGUUGGUUGAAUGGCAAUACAUUUUUCUUUAAAAUGGUUUCAGUCGAGUGCUGGUGACUUAUGAAAAAGUUAAUUAAUAAAUUUUCAAAAUAGUAUCAAAUAGUUGAAUUUACUGUUAUAAAGUUAAUGAAAUUUAAAGUACAAUGUAAAUAGAAAAAAAAUGAUUUGUUUUUUUGAAAGGUUGUUUGUCAUGCUUAUUGAUAUUAUGAUGCGCAAAUGCAAACAUCAACAGAACAAAAAGCAUGUGUUUACAGAGAAGAACUGAUAUGUACAGGGUAUGUCCUUCGUAUCGGAGUUAUUUUUUUUAAUAUUUUUUUUACCUUGAAAUACUCAUGUCUGACACGUAACCUCAACUGUAUGUGUACUUGUUAAUUUAUUUAUGACCUUGUAUAUUUGUGCCUUAAAAUGUAUCUCUGUAUUGGUUGGUAGUACUGCUGCAGGUCAGAGAUAAUGUCACAUAAUAUACGUUAAUCAAAUGCAUCUCUGCUUGCAGUUGAGACUUCAGCUCAUGUAGACAUUUUUGAGAUAUUAGUUACAGUUGAACAAAUUCAAAUCAUGUUCCUGUAAAUUGUUGUAUUUUUUUUCCAGGGCACUCCACAGAUUUUACAGGAUUUUGCCAUUCUGAUUCAUCGAUGUCAGAAUUAUGAAGUUGUUAUUGGUGCUAUAUGAUUAAAUGUAAAUCUAGCCUACUCCACUGCCAUUUCCAGGAGAAAUUAGUUAUGUGCCUUCAUCAAUAACCCAUACAGCAUUUGGGUUAUUUAUUACUUAAGUAGGUCUCUCAAAUCGUACAUCUUAAAGCUAGCAUUAUUAGUUAUUAAGUCAGCUAUUGACCUGCAGAACUAUGGCCAGUUAGUAAGAUUCAUAAUGGCGAAGGCAUUUGCCUGCUAUUUGUCUUACUGACUCUAAGUGUACAGUUCUACAGUAAACCAGCAACUCGCUUAUUGCAUUAAGGAUAACCUGCUCAUCUAUUUUACUUAUCAAAUCUCAUGGAUCUCAGUUCAAAAUUGUCAUUAAACUGGAAGAUGAUUUGGCUGUCAAUGACCUCGUUAAAUAGUGAGGUCAUAUACACUGCAUCUCAAAACCAAUGAUUUUUCGACAUCCUUGUUCGAGGUGCAAUAAUUACCAUAGGUGUUCAUUAAGUAGUAAGAAAAUACAUAAAUUAUAAACAGCAUCAAUGUCCUAAGAAUAAGGUUUCCGUACACCUGACCCUAUGAAGUUGUAACAGAACAUGCUUAUAACAUUAAAAAACCCAGUCACAUCUAUUGUGUAAAGAUGUAUCGUUAUCUUGGCCAUACAUUCCGAUAAUAGAAAUUAACCCCGUACAUUUUAGGCGAUCAGGUUGAGUAGCAUUGAUAUUUUUAUGAGUUUAUUGGUUGUAUGUUCAAAUCAGCGAUUGCAUAAACAAUUUCUAGCUUUAAAUUGUGUCUUGUAAAGUUUUCUACGGUUGUAGGAAAUUAUCAAUGUAUUUUACCGAUGCAUAAGCUAAUUAUUUAAUGGUAGCGAACAAAUAAAAACCCAAUACUGGUACUGAGCUUGAUACCUAUAGAUAUGUGUGUGCAUGAUUUUUGACUUUCAGAAAUGUUAACGUGUUUAAAUACAAUCCUGACAAAAUGGCGGUUGGCCUCAUUUGAAGCAUAGGCAUACCUAUUUCCAGUAAAAAACACAAUCAACGCUGAAAUGGUCCAAGUGAGGACAUAUUGUUUAGUGUUGAGUAUUUGCACUUGAUUUGCAUCAUACAAGAUUUUAGUUUUGUAAAUUAAGUCAUUAAUAUAGUGUUAAUGAUUUUAUCCAGAACUGUAUUUUGUAGUUUUUAUGCAGAAAAGUUGGAUCAUGUGAAGUGCUUUCGUUUGAACUAGAUUAAGUAUCAGGCAAAACUUUAGUUGGAUUUAGUGUUUCUCAGAUGAAACAAACCCCUGGUAUCGCAUUGUACUGCCUACCUAAACUUUCUGUUGUCAUGAAAACACUUUAUUAAAUAUAAGUGGAAUUAAGAAAUAUUCUGUAUUCUAUAAUAUUAAACUAUUACUUUUUCCAGACUACAAAUGUCAAAUUAUUUUCAAUACACUAUUUGAAUUAUCUGGAAGAAGUGGGUGGGAAUCAUGUUGAGGAAACAUCUCUUGUAUGGUUUUUUAUCUGGCAGCUGUAUGUUUAUCAACAUACUAUUUGACAAUUUUGUUACAAUUUACACUAACAGAUCUAUAGUCAUUAUGUUAUUGGGUAGUCUCCCCUUUUCCGAUUCAUUCAUUACUAUGUCCAAUGUUUCUGCCUUUAUGAUCUGCUAACUUUUCAGGUUGAUGAAAUAGUAUUUUUUCAAUAAAUGUGUAAUAAUUUACCAGU